GUCCCUACAGUUGCUCUAAUCAACUAAAACCCCGAAAAGGUCAUUCUGAAAGUAACCUGUUCAUCUUUCAAAAUACUUUAUAAUUUAAUUUGAGCCAUAAAAAAAUAAUUAACAGUUUCAUUAAGAUGACAUCAAGAAUAAAACACGGUCCGCAAGAUUUACCUCCGAAAGGAGGUUAUAACCCUAUUCAAACUUCACGAGUAGCUCUUCGUAGAAUCGUAACUCCUGUCGUCGCAUCAGGCUUAACGGUUGCAACAAGUAUUAUAGGAGGUGUUGGAUUUUUCUUUAACUACAGAUAUGCAAGAAGAGAACAAGUUGAACUGAGAAGUGCUCGGCUUGCACUUGUGCCUAUGCUUCUUGCCGAAAGGGAUCGAGAAUUUCUGAAACAAAUCAGGAAAAAUCGUGAUGAAGAAGCUAAUCUGAUGGCAAAUUAUCCAGGGUGGGAAGUUGGAACAUAUUUUGGAGAGCCAGUAUUUAAAAAUGAGCCAGAAGAGAAGCUGAUUGAACCGACUUUUUGUGAAUAUAUUACUCACUCUAAUUUAAGUGAUAAUAAUGAACGUGUAUUCCGCACUCUCUUCAUGUAAAAAGUUUUAAUUCAAUAAUACAUAAAUUUCUUGUUAGAAUAUAAAAUUUAAUAAAGCAGUGUUAUCCAUAGUACAAUAAUAAUAAUAAUGUUCCUGUUUGGAAACUUUCUUAAUA